AGAGUAAAUCGGCAGGUCCCUGAGAGAGGCUGGUUUUAGAGAGAGAUUGGGGUUUUCGACAGAGAGGGAGAGAGUAGGGUUUAGAGAGAGAAAGGAGGAGGAUGUCUUAUUUGCUGCCUCAUCUUCACUCUGGUUGGGCCGUGGACCAGGCCAUCCUUGCUGAGGAGGAGCGCCUCGUUGUCAUCCGCUUCGGCCAUGACUGGGACGAGACUUGCAUGCAGAUGGAUGAGGUGCUCGCCUCAGUGGCCGAAACUAUCAAGAACUUUGCAGUCAUAUACUUGGUGGACAUCACAGAGGUACCAGACUUCAACACAAUGUAUGAGCUCUACGACCCCUCCACUGUUAUGUUCUUCUUUCGUAACAAGCACAUCAUGAUCGAUCUCGGCACCGGUAAUAACAACAAGAUCAACUGGGCUCUUAAGGACAAGCAAGAGUUCAUUGACAUUGUCGAGACUGUCUAUAGAGGGGCUCGAAAGGGGCGCGGUUUGGUGAUUGCCCCAAAAGACUACUCAACCAAAUAUCGAUACUAGAGUCAUCUUUCUCAUUGUUAUGAAGAGCUGAGACUUCAUUUUACGCCUGUAAUUUGAUGGUGCAACUGCAAUUUGUAAUUGUUGGGAUGUUGGAUUCGUUUUUAGAAACUUUCAUAUUUGGCCUUGACUAAACGAAAAAUAUCUGGUGAGUUGGUUCUCA